UUGGCGCUCCUCUCGUUUAGCGGCCAGAAUGCCAGCAGCAGGUCGGUUCCGCCCCCAAAUACUCCCACCUUCUUUCCCACUCGCAUUCUCUACACGCUAGUUGGGGUCGUGUGAAUUGGCCCGGGCAGGCGGCGGGUGUGUGUAUGGGGAGGCGCUAGCUAGUCUUCCGGAAACCAGUCCAGCACUGGUCUUGGGCCCUCUCUGGCUGCGGACGGAGGAGGUGCUGUGGCGGCGCUGCCUUGCUGUCGUGCUCCCAAGCGGCGGUCCUGUGUGGCUGCAGAGCGCGCCAUUCACAGCUCGGCCGCCGAGCUCUCUCCUCCUCCCGCUGCGUGCCAGCAGUACCAGCAGCAGCAGCAGCAACCUUGCCUGCUCUAGGAAGCGGGCAGCCCGUGACGCUUUCCUGCUUCAUUGCCUAAUGCGAUUUCCGUUCUCCAGCAGCUCAGCGGCAAGAGACGCAGACUGAAACACCCCCCACCCCUCCCCACUGAUUUUCUGCAAGGCUCUAGCGCUGGGAGGGUGCACAGAUGUUCGCCAUGUGUCAGCCAGAGAUACCCAUUAACCCGCUGUUCAAUGAGGCAAAGGGGAACUCUCAACUGGACACUGCUUACCUUGGUGGAAGGGACUGUCGGCCAGAUACAAACCUCAAUUUCAUGGGCAAGGAGGCCUAUGACACCAAUGAGAACUGGAGCCAGUGCACGCCAGGGGAAUCGGAGCAGCGAGGAGGGAACAAUGAACCUGAGGCAUCUGAUAACCAAAUAGUGCUCAUGCAGAGGCAAAUUGCAAUGAGCCAACCACAGGAUGUCCCCCAGGGCUUGAAGUCUGGUGGCAUGUCCUUUGCCUCUGAAGAAGAAGAAGAGGAGGAGGAGGAGGAAGAAGAAGAAGAGGAAGAGGAGGAAGAGGACAUCCGCAGACCUCCAGAAGGAGCAGAAGUCAAUGACCCAGAGCAUGAGAAGGUGGUGACCAAGGAGAGGAUAAAAGAAAGGAAGCUGGCCAGCUCCCCUUUAGAAGACAAUGGUUAUGCCAGCAGUUCCCUAAGCAUUGAUAGUCCUGACAGUGGGGCAGCCAGUGCUUGGGACAUGCUUGCUGUUGCCACUGAAGACUGGAAGGGUCAUGGAGAACCAUGUUCCGCUGCUGAAGCUGAGCCAGAGAACUCUCCUCCUAGUUCUGAGACCCUCUUCCCAGCACUGGCUGAGGCUUUCCGCAAUCUUCAGGACAAGAAGAAGUUCAAGGAGCAGGAGAAAGAGAAGCACCAUGUCCACUUGGUGAUGUAUCGUCGCCUGGCUUUGCUCCGCUGGAUCCGCAGCCUCCAGCAGAAGGUGGUUGACCAGCAAAACCGGCUGCAGGAGAGCUUUGACACCAUCUUGGACAACCGCAAGGAACUCAUUCGAUGUGUCCAGCAAGGCAUGGGUUAUGCCAAGAACCCAGCUCAGGCAGAAUUGUAAAGGACAUGACACGCAUUCGCACUUUUCUCUUUCUGUGGGCCCUUCAGUCCUUAGCUUGGUCACACAAGCGAGGUGCCUACAGAUUUCCAUAUUUGCAUGGGUGGGAGACUUGUGCUUUUUAAAAUGUUUGAUGUUCCUCCUGUGGUAUACCAGAGCAUCAGUAGCCCACUGAGCAUGGGCAUUUUGAGCCCAGCACAUGGCCCAUAUUAUUUACAAGUAGAUGCAAUUUUUCAAGCUUGUUUCACUCUU